AUGUUAAUCUUUCUGUUUCGUUUUAUUUCUUUCAUUGAUUUGUUCCCUUGUCUUCCUCUAAUUGAUAGUAUUUUCUAUAUUUACCAUUCUCACACCCUUCGCUUCCUUUAUUUAUUUCAUUAUUUUGCUCUUUUUCUUUCUCUAAUUUUUUCUCUUUUCUCUCUUUUGUUCUUUUUGCUACAUUUUCAGUCUUUAUUUUCAUUUGUCUUCUGUUUUUUUCCCCUUUACUUCUGUCUUUUUCUUUCUUUUCUCCUGCCUUAUAUUUUCAUUUGUUCUUUUCUCUUAUGUCUACCCUUCUUUCUACCAUUAUCUUUUCUCUCUUCCCCCGUUACGUCUUUACACUUUCAUUCUUCUUACCUUUCUUUAUCUUCUAUUUCUUUUUCUUUUUUCUUCCUCUUUACUUUUUCCUACACCUUUUUUGCUGCCUUUCAUUUAUUCCUUUUUAUUAGUUUUCAUUACCCAUUCUUUUUCUUUUUUUCUUAUUUCCUUGACUUUUUUCUCAAUCUCCAUUUAUUCUUUCUCUUCUUUUUCUUUUCUUUUAGCCUUUCUAUUCGUUUUGAAAAUUUCCUUUUUCUCUAUUUUAAUAUUUGCCGCCAAUUUACUCUUUUCAAUUUACUUUAUUUUUCAUCAUCUUUUAUUCUUUUUUACUUUUUCAACUUUACACCUUUUGUAGUUUUUUUCUUCUUUUAUUCCUUUACAUUUGUCCUUUUGCUUACAUUGUAUUUUCUGGACCUUCUCCCUCUUUUACAAUCGUUCUUCCUUUCAUUCUUUUUUUCUCUAUUUCUCUCAUCAUACUUUUUAACUUUUCUUUCUUCAUUUUUUCAACUUUUUUUUUCUUCCUUUUCCUCAACUUUUCUUUCUGUCUUCUUUUCCUUCUUUUUCAGUCUUUCUUUUUCUUUUUUCAAUCUUAUCAUCGUUUCUCUUAUUAAAGUACUUUUACUUUCUCUCUUUUCAACCUUUUUUUUCUUCCGUCCAUGUCCUUCUUACUCUUUUUCUAUCAUUCUUUCUUUCUUUCUAAUGAUUUCCUCUAUCUUAUCAUUUUUUCCUUUUCUUGUGGUGGGGGGAAUCUUUCUUUCUGCAUUGUUUUGCAUUCUGCUUUUUUCAGUCUUACCUUUUUCGUUUCUCGUCAUUCUUUCUUCUCUUUCUUUCUCUUUUAACGAUAUUUCGUUCUUUUCUUCUUUCAAUGUUUUCUCUUUCUUUUUAUUUUUCAAUUUUUAUUUUUCAUAUUUUUCCAUUCAUUCUUUAUUUCUUGUCUUUCUUUCUCUUUUUCAUUCUUUCAUUUAUUAA